CCUUCAAACUCCGGCCCCGCCCCGCGUCCCGGGCCAACUUCGUGUCUCUUCCCGGCUUUCCGAACCUCCGAGCGGCGGGGACGCGCGGGAACUGCCCGGGACGGCGCGAUGCAGUCGAGUGGCCGUCAGGCGGAGACCCCGGGCCGCGGCCCCCGGGUGCUGGUGGUGGGCGGCGGCAUCGCGGGGCUGGGCGCGGCGCAGAGGCUCUGCUGCCACCCGGCCUUCCCGCACCUGCGGGUUCUGGAGGCCACGGCCCGCGCCGGUGGCCGCAUCCGCUCGGAGCGCAGCUUCGGUGGUGUGGUGGAGGUGGGCGCUCACUGGAUCCAUGGGCCCUCGCAGGGCAACCCCAUCUUCCAGCUGGCUGCCAAGUACGGGCUGCUGGGGGAGAAGGCAUUGUCGGAGGAGAACCAGCUGAUCGAGACCGGGGGUCACGUGGGCCUGCCCUCUGUGUCCUAUGCCAGCUCCGGGGGAAGUGUGAGCCUUGAGCUGGUGGCGGAGAUGGCCAGACUGUUCUACAGUCUCAUAGACCAGACCAGGGAGUUCCUGCACGCGGCUGAGACCCCCGCACCCAGCGUCGGGGAGUACCUCAAGAAGGAGAUCCGCCAGCACAUGGCCGGCUGGACGGAAGAGGAGGAGACCAAGAGGCUCAAGCUGGCCAUCCUGAACAACUUGUUCAACGUGGAGUGCUGUGUGAGUGGCACCCACAGCAUGGACCUGGUGGCCCUCGCACCUUUCGGGGAGUACACGGUGCUGCCAGGGUUGGACUGCACCUUUCCUGGGGGCUACCAAGGACUCACAGACCGCAUCAUGGCCUCCUUGCCCAAGGACGUGAUGGUUUUUAACAAGCCAGUGAAGACCAUUCACUGGAAUGGGUCCUUUGAGGAAGCUUCCGCUCCUGGGGAGACGUUUCCGGUGCUGGUGGAAUGUGAGGAUGGAAGCUGCUUCCCAGCGCAUCACGUGGUCGUCACCGUGCCAUUAGGUUUUCUUAAAGAACGUCUGGACACCUUCUUUGAGCCGCCACUGCCCACCGAGAAGGCGGAAGCGAUCAGGAAAAUAGGCUUUGGGACCAACAAUAAAAUCUUCCUGGAGUUUGAGGAGCCUUUCUGGCAGCCAGACUGCCAGCACAUCCAGGUGGUGUGGAGGGACACGUCGCCCCUGGAGGACGCCGCCCCCAAGUUGCAAGAUGCCUGGUUCAAGAAGCUUAUUGGCUUUUGGGUCCUGCCUUCCUUCGGCAGGGCCAGCCAGGUGCUCUGCGGCUUCAUUGCGGGGCUCGAGUCUGAGUUCAUGGAGACGCUGUCGGACGAGGACGUGCUCCUGUCUCUGACACAGGUGCUCCGCAGGGUGACAGGGCUGAAGAAGAUGCAGAGCAGCCUAAAGCUGGUGGACUGUAUCAUCGAGGUCCAUGAUGCCCGGAUCCCACUUUCAGGCCGAAACCCUCUGUUUCAGGAGACCCUUGGGCUUAAGCCUCACUUGCUCGUCCUCAACAAGAUGGACCUGGCGGAUCUGAAGGAGCAGCAGAAAAUUAUACAACACUUAGAAGGAGAAGGCCUAAAAAAUGUCAUUUUUACCAACUGUGUGAAGGAUGAAAAUAUCAAGCAGAUAGUCCCGAUGGUCACGGAGUUGGUUAGGAGCAGCUACCGCUAUCACCGAGGAGAGAACCUGGAGUACUGCAUCAUGGUGAUUGGGGUCCCCAACGUGGGCAAGUCGUCGCUCAUCAACUCCCUGCGGAGGCAGCACCUCAGGAAAGGAAAAGCCACCAGGGUGGGCGGCGAGCCUGGGAUCACCAGAGCUGUGAUGUCCAGGAUUCAGGUGUGUGAGCGGCCACUGAUGUUCCUGCUGGACACCCCCGGGGUGCUGGCUCCUCGGAUCCAGAGCGUGGAGACGGGCCUGAAGCUGGCCUUGUGUGGCACCGUGCUGGACCACCUGGUGGGCGAGGAGACCUUGGCUGACUACCUUCUCUACACCCUCAACAGGCGCCAGCUCUUGGGGUACGUGCAGCACUACGGCCUGGGUGAGGCCUGCGACGGCAUCGCCAGUGUGCUAAAGCGUGUGGCUGUGAAGCUGAGGAAGACCCAGAAGGUGAAGGUGCUGACGGGCACUGGUGACGUCAAUGUUAUCCAGCCCAACUACCCUGCGGCCGCCCGAGACUUCCUGCAGGCCUUCCGCAGCGGGGUGCUGGGCCCCGUGAUGCUGGACCAGGACCUCCUGCAGGGCCCCCCUGCGGCGGAGCCCUGAGCUAGUCCAGUGGGAGGGCCUCGCGCCCCUGCCCUUGGCUCCACGGCCAGGGGGUGGAUGCCCAGGAGUCCCCUGGCCACAGGCUCCUUGCUGGUCACUGUAUACUCCCCGGUCUCUGCUCUAGGGAGGAGGCCGUGCCCUCCUGCUGCUCCACAGCCCAGCCCCUGGUUACAGGGGACUGAGCCUGGGUGUGGACAUCAGGGCAGUGGACGUCCCUGGGUGCCUGGCCUGGGGAGGAAACUCACUCAUGUUCAGUAUCUCUUAAAUAUUCUCUUGAGGAGAAGCUGGUGUUUUCUCAGAAGGAGUUGAAAGUGUAAACUGUAAUCUUAAAAUUAAAAGGCCUAUUUCUGUGGUUG